AGCAAAACACCUCUCUCUCUCUCUCUCUUCGUUUUCGUAUUUCGUGUCUCUCUUCCUCCGAAGUCAGGAGUUUUCAAACCAUCCAACAAAGAUGGAGUACUACAACAAACUGGUUCUUGCUCCAAUGGUUCGCGUUGGCACUCUCCCCUUUAGAUUACUAGCUGCUCAAUAUGGUGCAGAUAUCACUUACGGUGAGGAAAUUAUUGACCAUAAGAUGGUUAAGUGUGAGCGCCGAAUCAAUGAACUCAUUGGAUCCACUGAUUUUGUGGAGAAGGGGACAGAAAAUGUUGUGUUUAGAACCUGCGAUCAAGAAAAAAAUAGGGUUGUUUUUCAAAUAGGCACGUCUGAUGCUGUGAGGGCCCUAACUGUUGCCCAGUUAGUGUGUAAUGAUGUUGCUGCAAUCGAUAUUAACAUGGGUUGCCCGAAGUCAUUUUCUUUGAGUGGUGGGAUGGGUGCUGCCCUGUUGUCCAAACCAGAACUUAUUCAUGAUAUAUUAACAACAUUAAGGAGGAAUUUAAGCACACCAGUAACAUGUAAGAUUCGACUUCUAAAAUCACCACAUGAUACAGUGGAAUUAGCCAGGCGAAUUGAGAAAACUGGUGUAUCUGCUCUUGCAGUCCAUGGAAGAAAAGUCCCAGAUAGGCCCAGAGAUCCUGCUAAAUGGAGCGAAAUUGCUGAUAUUGUGUCAGCAUUAUCGAUUCCAGUUAUAGCCAAUGGUGAUGUCUUUGAGUAUGAUGAUAUCCAACGCAUUAAAUCCGCUACAGGUGCCUCGUCAGUGAUGGUUGCCAGAGGGGCACUCUGGAAUGCUUCAAUAUUUUCGCCUGAAGGCAAAGUUUCUUAUGAAGUUGUGAAGAGAGAAUAUAUUAGGAAGUGCAUCUUGUGGGAUAAUGAUUUGAAAAGCACCAAGCAGACAUUAAAGGAAAUGAUAAUGCAUUAUUCUUGCCUAGAGUUCCCUGAAGGGAAGGCCGUGAUCAAAUCAGAGUCCUUGGCAGAUCUAGCAGGGAGAAUUGGGUUCAAUUCUACUUGGAAAGAACUCUACGGGCAGGAACAGUACUACCAGUUAAUAAAAGCGGAUAGAUACCUUUGACGAUAUGAAUAAUGUUAUUUUGGAGCAUAAAAAUUCUGGGUUAAGACAUGGCUGCACUGGUUUAGGAUUACGGCGAGCUCCCAGCUUAGUAAGCACUUACAAGAAACUUACUCAAAAACCACCAAUUUGAGAUUCCUGAGAUCGAACUCAAAGUCACAUGUUUGUCAUGGGUCGAGCAAACUGGAUUUGCUAAUCCCUCAAUGCAUGGAUAUAGAUGGUGUUAGAGGCUUUUUUCAUGAAUUAUAAUAUCUUUUGUAGGCAAUUUUUUCCUAGUAAUAUAUGAACAAAAGUGUGAUUGACUGAUUCUGUAUCCAACCUCUGAUGAUUUGUUUCUGUAGAUAGUUUUAC